AUGACUACUCCAUACAUCCCAGGCCGCUUUGAAGGAAAGGUGGCCUUGGUGACGGGCUCCAGCCGCGGUAUAGGCGCCGCCAUUGCAAUCCGGCUGGGUCACCUUGGCGCCAAGGUCGUCGUCAACUACGCCGCGUCCGCCGAGGCAGCCGAGAAGGUCGUGGCCGAGAUCAAGAGUUUCGGGUCGGAUGCGGUCGCCAUCCAAGCCGACGUGCGCGACGUGGCGCAGACAGUGCGGCUCUUUGAUACCGCCAUCGCGCACUUCGGCCGCCUCGACAUCGCCGUGAGCAACUCGGGCACCGUCAGCUUCGGUCACCUUAAGGACGUCACCGAGGACGAAUUUGAUCGCGUCUUCAGCCUCAACACGCGCGGGCAGUUUUUUGUCGCCCGCGAGGCCUACCGUGUCCUACGCGAGGGCGGCCGCAUCAUCCUGACCUCGUCCAACACGUCGAGGGACUUUAGCGUCCCGAAGCACUCGCUGUAUUCAGGCUCCAAGGGCGCCAUCGACUCCUUUGUCCGCGUCCUUUCCAAAGACUGCGGCGACAAGAAGAUCACUAUAAAUGGCGUGGCACCUGGUGGCACUGUUACCGAUAUGUUUCAUGCCGUUUCGCAGCACUAUAUUCCCGGCGGAGAAAAGUACACAGCCGAGGAACGCCAGCAGAUGGCAGCUCAUGCUUCUCCUUUGCAUCGGAAUGGCUACCCAGAGGACGUUGCUCGUGUUGUCUGCUUUCUUGCUAGCAAAGAAUCCGAAUGGAUCAACGGGAAGGUUAUCACUUUGGACGGCGGGGCGGCUUGA